CUGGAGCCCAAUUCCUGGAUCCCCCCCCAAAGGCUCCCCUCCCCCCACGUCCUGGGACUACAGCUGGGCGGGGCUGGUUGGGGUCGGAAAGCAUAUGAGGCUGCAGCCCAGUGCUCAGGGUACAGCGUAUCCCGGGGCUGCUCCGGGGUCUGACUAAUCGGCUUCUUCGAGAUCUUUCUUGCUACAAUGUCGUGCUUGGAGGGGGCGUUGGGACGGGUGUGUGUGUGUGUGUGUGUGUGUGUGUGUGUGUGUGUGGUUGUACCGGAUGCAGUUUUACCGCGCCCCAUAAGGACGCAGGAGUCCUGCCUCCCAGCCUCUGGGCCCCAGACCCCAGAGCUCCUCCCCGGCCUCCCCUAGGGCAGCCUCAGUCACUCCAGGAACUUCCAUUCUGGCUAGACUGGCAGUAAUCACCAGAGAGAGGGCGGAGGGUGAAGAGGAGUUCAGGAGGCCUUCAUGGAGGAGAGACAAGGCCGGAAAAGAUGGAGGAGCUUCACCAGAUGGACUCACUAGGGCUACUUUGCUGCCUCUACAGGAAUCCUGGAGCCUCAGGGAUGACCUUUGAGAGGGACAGACUCCCAGCCCAGGAGGUGGUGACCUUCAAGGAUGUGGCUGUGGAGUUCACUCAGGAGGAGUGGUGCCUCUUGUCCCCUCCCCAGAAGGAGCUGUACAAGGAGGUGAUGCUGGAGAAUGUCCAGAACUUGCACUCUGUGGGGCUUCCAGCUCCCCCAGAAGACAUGACCUCUUAUAUGGAGCAGAGGGAAUCCUCUUGGAUGCUGGAGCAAGAAGUUCUGAGGAGCUGCUGCCCAGAAGGAAAGAUUAUACCUGAAAUAAAGGCGUAUCCAAUAGAAAUGAGCCUUCCUGUGGAUGAAAUGGACCUACAGAGAUUCGUGAGUGAUGGUCCUGAUAACUUUUCUUUCAACGAAAUCUUUGUUCCACCUCCAAAUUUAUCUAAUAUCGAAUAUCAAAGAAUGCACACCGAGGAAAAAUCUACUGAAAGUAAUCAAAGGGGAAAGACUUUUAAGUACAGGUCCAAUCUUACUUUUCAUCAGAGGAUCCACACUGGAGAGAAACUUUAUGAAUGCAUGAAAUGUGGAAAGACAUUCUGUCAGAACUCCCAUCUUGCUGUACAACAGAAAAUGCACGUUGAGGAGAAACCUUAUGAAUGCAAGCAGUUUGGAAAGACAUUCAGUAAGACUAAUAGUCUUGCUGAACAUCAGAGAAGGCACACUUUGGAGAAACCCUAUUUAUGCAUGCAGUGUGGAAAGACAUUCAGUCGGAGUGACAUGCUUGCUGUACAUCAGAGAAUCCACACUGGAGAGAAACCUUAUGAAUGCAAGCAGUGUGGAAAGACAUUCAGUCGGAGUGACAUGCUUGCUAUACAUCAAAGGAUACACACUGGGGAGAAACCUUAUGAAUGCAUGCAAUGCAGAAAGACAUUCAGUCGGAGACACCAUCUUGCUGUACAUCAGAGAAUGCACACUGGUGAGAAACCUUAUGAAUGCAAGCAGUGUGGAAAGACAUUCAGUCAAACUUCUAGUCUUGCUGUACAUCAGAGAAUGCACACUGGGGAGAAACCUUAUGAAUGCAAGAAGUGUGGAAAGACAUUCAGUCAGACUUCUAGUCUUGCUGGGCAUCAGAGAAUGCACACUGGGGAGAAACCUUAUGAAUGCAUGCAAUGUGGAAAGACAUUCACUUGUAGUUCCCAUCUUGUUGUACAUCAGAGAAUUCACACUGGUGAGAAACCUUAUGAUUGCAAGCAGUGUGGAAAGACAUUCACUUGUAGUUCCCAUCUUGCUGGACAUCAGAGAAUGCACACUGGGGAGAAGCCUUAUAAAUGUAUGCAGUGCGGAAAGACAUUCAGUCGGAGACACCAUCUUGCUGUACAUCAGAAAAUGCAUAUUGGGGGGAAACCUUAUGAGUGCAUGCAAUGUGGAAAGACAUUCAGUCAGAGAGGCCAACUUGAUGGACAUCAGAGAAUGCACACUCGGGAGAAACUUUAUGAAUGCAAGCAAUGUGGAAAGACAUUCAGUCGGAGAGGCCAACUUGCUGGACAUCAGAGAAUGCACAAUCGGGAGAAACCUUAUGAAUGCAUGCAAUGUGGAAAGACAUUCAGACAGACUUCUAGUCUUGCUGUACAUCAGAGAAUUCACACUGGGGAGAAACCUUAUGAAUGUAUGCAAUGCGGAAAGACAUUCAGUCGGAGAGGCCAACUUGCUGUACAUCAGAGAAUUCACACUGGGGAGAAACCUUAUCAAUGCAAGCAAUGUGGAAAGACAUUCAGUCGGAGUGACAAUCUUGCUGUACAUCAGAGAAUACACACUGGGGAGAAACCUUAUGAAUGCAUGCAGUGUGGAAAUACAUUCAGUUGGAGAGGCCAACUUACCAUACAUCAGAGAAUGCACACUGGUGAGAAACCUUAAGACUCCAAGCUUUGUGGAAAUGUUUACAUAUAGUUCUAGUCUUGCUAUUCUAUGAAGGAAAUGUAAUCUUCCCCCUGUCUGGAGAAACAUACCUGGCAUGAGCCUAGUCUUGACUCAGGGGGCAAGAAUAAACUAGAAUCUUUCCUAGUAUGAAUAGUACUGAAUCAAAUAUGCCCAUGACUGCCACUCUUCAAUUUUUUAAGAAAAUUGCUAGCUAGACUAAUGAGAGAAGGAUAAAUGAAGGAAUCAGAAAAGGCAAUGAGGAUCUAAAACUAUCACUUUUCCCUGGUGAUAUUUAGUAUACAUAGAGAAUUAGCCAAAAAAUUAUAAAGACAAUUAGCAACUUGAUCAAAUUGUAGGAUGAUAAAAGGAAACCACAGAAUUCCUCUGUACUACCAAUCAAACAGGGGAAAUAUGGAAAUAGGAAUUCUAUUGGAUGUUAUGGUAGACAAUAUGAAAACCACUUGGGAGUCCACUGCCAAGGUAAACAGAACUUGAUUUGCUACCCUAGAAUUCUCUGAAGACUGUAUGUUAAUCUGUUCUUUCAUUGGUAAAGGCUAGAGUAAGAGAAAAAAAGUUCACACAACUUGGUCUAAUUUAACCUGAUUCCACGAUUCCCAGGCUCAUGCUCCAAAGCAGCUGCAUUUGGCUCCAGCAGCUGAGCACAACAGAAGCCAGUGUGAGUGAAUCAUUCAGUGCUCCAGAGAAGGGAGAGGGAGCAGUUGGAUUAAAUAAGCCCAGUGUUUGAAAUCAGCUCCAGACAUUUCCUAAUCUGAUGACCUUUGAUAAACUGAAUAAAUAAUCUCUUUGAGCCUACUUCUCCCUAUCCUGUAAGAGGGAGAUGAUAAAAACAGGGUUUUGUGGGGCUCAGAUGAGGUCAUACACAUGCAGUGAUUUUCAAAUCCAGAUCCUUCUCCAGGCAUGUCUAUGCUCUAACAGUGUCAGGGUAAAAUAACUUGGGAAUUCUAGUUAAGAAUAAAUACUUGACUAGGAGUCAAGAGCUGAGUGAGAAUGGGAAAUUUUUGAUUAAUAGUUGAAAGUAUUAUUAAUUAAAAAUUGCUAUUUUCAAUAUUAAAAAAGCCAUUGUGUGACUGGUUAUUCCCUUACUAGUUCCUGUUUAUACAUGCCUUGUAAUGAAUAAAAAUAAUACUACUUCUACUA